CAUUAUUGUAUUUUUCAGAUUAAAAAGGCUGAUUGACCAAGAAACCAAGUCCCAGGAGAAGAAGGAACAAGAAAAGGAAAAGAGGGUCACCGCCCUGAAAGAGGAGCUGACCAAACUAAAGUCUUUUGCUUUGAUGGUGGUGGACGAACAACAAAGGCUGACAGCACAGCUUGCCCUUCAAAGACAGAAAAUCCAAGACCUAACCACAAGUGCGAAGGAAACACAUGCUAAACUAGCCCUUGCUGAAACCAGAGUUCAGGAAGAAGAGCAGAAGGCAACCAGACUAGAGAAAGAACUGCAAACACAAACCACAAAGUUUCACCAGAACCAAGAAACAAUUAUGGCAAAGCUCACCAAUGAGGACAGCCAAAAUCGCCAGCUUCGACAAAAGCUGGCAGCACUCAGCCGGCAAAUUGAUGAGUUAGAAGAGACAAACAGGUCUUUACGAAAAGCAGAAGAGGAGCUGCAAGAUAUAAAAGAAAAAAUCAACAAGGGAGACUAUGGAAACUGUGGAAUCAUGGCUGAGGUGGAGGAGCUCAGGAAACGGGUACUAGAAAUGGAAGGGAAGGAUGAGGAACUCAUAAAAAUGGAGGAACAGUGCAGAGAUCUCAAUAAGAGGCUCGAAAAGGAAACAUCACAGAGUAAAGACUUCAAACUUGAGGUUGAAAAACUCAAUAAAAGGAUUAUGGCUCUGGACAAAUUAGAAGAUGCCUUCAACAAGAGCAAACAAGAAUGUUACUCUCUGAAAUGCAAUUUAGAAAAAGAAAGGAUGACCACAAAGCAGUUGUCUCAAGAACUGGAAAGUUUAAAAGUCAGGAUCAAAGAGCUAGAAGCCAUUGAAAGUCGGCUGGAAAAGACAGAAUUCACCCUAAAAGAGGACUUAACUAAACUGAAAACAUUAACUGUGAUGCUGGUAGAUGAAAGGAAAACAAUGAGUGAAAAAUUAAAGCAAACUGAAGAUAAGUUACAAGCUGCUUCUUCUCAGCUUCAAAUGGAGCAAAAUAAAGUGACAACAGUUACAGAGAAGUUAAUUGAAGAAACAAAAAGGGCACUGAAGUCCAAGACUGAUGUGGAAGAAAAAAUGUACAGUGUCACCAAGGAGAGAGAUGAUCUAAAGAACAAACUGAAAGCAGAAGAAGAGAAAGGAAAUGAUCUCUUGUCCAAAGUUAAUAUGUUGAAAAACAGGCUUCAAUCAUUGGAAGCAAUUGAGAAAGAUUUCCUAAAAAACAAAUUAAAUCAAGAUUCUAGUAAGUCCACAAUAGCAUUACACCAUGAAAACAAUAAGAUUAAAGAGCUCUCCCAAGAAGUGGAAAGACUGAGACUGAAGUUAAAGGAUAUGAAAGCCAUUGAGGAUGACCUUAUGAAAACAGAAGAUGAGUAUGAGACUCUAGAACGAAAGUAUGCUAAUGAGCGAGAUAAAGCUCAAUUUUUAUCUGAAGAGCUGGAACAUGUUAAAAUGGAACUUGAUAAGUACAAGUUAGCAGAAAAGACAGAGUCCAGCCAUGAACAAUGGCUUUUCAAAAGGCUUCAAGAAGAAGAAGCUAAAUCAGGGCACCUCUCAAGAGAAGUGGACGCACUGAAAGAGAAAAUUCAUGAAUAUAUGGCAACUGAGGACCUGAUAUGUCAUCUCCAGGGAGAUCAUUCAGUUCUGCAAAAGAAACUCAAUCAACAAGAAAACAGGAACAGAGAUUUAGGAAGAGAGAUAGAAAACCUCACUAAAGAGUUAGAGAGGUACCGGCAUUUUAGUAAGAGCCUCCGGCCUAGUCUCAAUGGAAGAAUCAUCUCUGACCCUCAAGUAUUUUCUAAAGAAGUUCAGACAGAAGUAGUAGACAAUGAGCCACCCGAUUACAAGAGUCUCAUUCCUCUGGAACGAGCAGUCAUCAAUGGUCAGUUGUAUGAGGAGACUGAGGACCAGGAUGAAGACCCUAAUGACGAGGAAUCGGUGCUGUCCUUCAAAUGCAAUUCAUCUACUCCCUGUCCUGUUAACAGGAAACUAUGGAUUCCCUGGAUGAAAUCUAAGGAGAGCCAUCCUCAGAAUGGAAAAAUACAAACUAAGCCCAAUGGAAACUUCAUGCAGCCUGGAGAUCUAGUUCUAAGCCACACACCUGGGCAGCCACUUCAUAUAAAAGUUACUCCAGACCAUGUCCAAAACACAGCCACUCUUGAAAUCACAAGUCCGACCACAGAGAGUCCUCACUCUUACACAAGUACUGCAGUGAUACCAAACUGUGGUACCCCAAAGCAAAGGAUAACCAUCCUCCAAAAUGCCUCCAUAACACCGGUGAAAUCCAAAACCUCUGCUGAAGGCCUCAUGAAUUUAGAGCAAAGCAUGUCCCCAAUUACCAUGGCAACCUUUGCCAGAGCACAGACCCCAGAGUCUUGUGGUUCUAUAACUCCAGAAAGGACAAUGUCACCUAUUCAGGUUUUGGCUAUGACUGGUUCAGCAGGCUCUCCUGAGCAGGGACGUUCCCCAGAGCCAAUAGAAAUCAGUGCCAAGCAUGCGAUUUUCAGAGUCUCCCCUGACCGACAGUCAUCAUGGCAGUUUCAACGUUCAAACAGCAAUAGUUCAAGUGUGAUAACUACUGAGGAUAAUAAAAUCCACAUUCACUUAGGAAGUCCUUACAUGCAAGCUGUAGCCAGCCCCGUGAGACCUGCCAGCCCUUCAACACCACCACAGGAUAACCGAACUCAAGGCUUAACUAAUGGGGCACUAAACAAAACCACCAAUAAAGUCACCAGCAGUAUUACUAUCACACCAACAGCCACACCUCUUCCUCGACAAUCACAAAUUACAAUCAAGGAGGUAUGCAAGCAGAGAAUCCCAACACGGAUCCCUAAACCAAAAUCUACAGGCAACACUAAGCUUUCCCCUAAAGCUCCCCUGGGGCCUAUGGAUAAAUCCAAUCACCACACUGGGUGUGGGAAGCUACACAUCAUAAGGACUGUCACCUCUAACACUUUUGUCCACAUGGGAGGGAAAAGGUAAGUCAUGCCAACGCACUGUCUGGACACAUUCACCUACAGAAGUAUCUGGAAAGCUAAAAUUACCACUAUGAAGGCCAAAGAGGAAAGGUCAUCUCUCUCCAAGAAAUGGUAAAGCAGCAAAAUGACAAGUAAUUCAUUCACAGGUUGCUGGA